ACCUGCAAUUAAAUACACGCAUGAAAGACCCCACCAGCCCCUCUUCCUGCUUCCAUCUUCACCCACUGGUCUCCUCUACCUCUCCUUUAAAAUCCCCUCCUGCAACCCUUCUGACCUCCAUUAAUGCCAAAGGUUGGAAGCUCAUUCACAAACCCAAGAAUUAUACAGGCCUCACUUCUCAAACAAAGGCUGUAGGCUGAGAGAGAUCCCAUGGGAAAGAAGAUGAUGAAGCUUCCUUCUAUCUUUAAGGGCAAAGACAUAAAGGCUUCAUGGCAGUGGCCCUCUUGCAAGCACCCCAAGACCCUCUCUUUCCGAGCCGGCGAAGACAUGUUCAAGACCGUUAACUCGGUUUUCUUUGAUCCAGGCGACAUGACCACUACGCCGGAGUCGUGGUUUACCAACUCAUCGGAGUCUGGGAGCUUCUCAACGGCGUCGGAGGACUCCAGAGGUGAAUCAUUAGAGAUGGUCAUUCGUGGGUUGCGAUCGGAGAGGCUGUUCUUUGAGCCUGGCGAGACAAAUUCAAUCCUGGAGGAGUCCAAGCCAGGCGAGUUCCCAUUCAAGGAGAGCGUGGUGUUGGCGAUGGAGUCUCAGGAUCCGUACGUGGACUUCAGGACGUCAAUGGAGGAGAUGGUCGAGGCUCAUGGAUUGAAGGACUGGGAAUGCCUGGAGGAGUUAUUAGGAUGGUAUUUGAGGGUGAAUGGAAAGAAGACUCAUGGCUUCAUAGUUGGAGCAUUUAUUGAUUUGCUUCUCAGUCUUGCUUCAUCUUCAUCUCUUUCCUCUCCUUCUUCUCCUUCCUUGUCGUCUUCACUGAGAAGAGAGAAGGAGGUCCAGGAAGUAGCCAACGAUUUAUGCUUAAGAGAGAAAGAGGAUGGUUCAUGCUUAACAGAGGAAGAAAGUAGUUCAACCUCAAGAGAGGAAGACGUUGAUGCUUUAUGCUUAAGAGAUUUGUUCGCUAUAUCUUAAGUUCUGCUACUUCAAUGUAUCGUUCUUUCUGUACAGUAGUAGGCUGAGGAGAAUGAAUAGUGAAACAUCGAUCAAUCAUCAUAUAUGAUCAGGUCUCCUUCCCUCCCUCUCUCUCUCUCUCUAUUCUGUGUGUUUGUGCGUGGGAUGCAUCUGUGAUCUGUCUGCACGAGGUUGACUGUAUGCCCAGUUGACAACGGCAGACGUGCGUGUGAACCCAGGCAUAUUUAUUGAGACAAAUUACAUUUUUGCUUAAAUUGCUCCCUCUUCUGUAAAUUGGAGGGAAGUUUGAAGACGACGACGUUGUAAUAUUUGAUGGCCAGUGGUCCAAUAUCCAUCUAUUCCUCA